CAGACGUUCACGUGUUCGUGACGUCACCCACGGCCUCUUAUCAACUGGGAACUAGCAGCUCCCGUCUGCGGACGGAUCGCCUUGUACCGGAGCCGCUCUUAAAGGGGCCAUGCACCGCGAGAAUGCCCCGGCACCCAGCAAGGGUUCUUUCACACUGUGAUUUCAGUCUACUCACAUCUGUGAUAGUUACCUGCUUUACAUUUCACCCUCCUUUGUCUAUCAUUCCCUUGUUCCUUGUCUCUCCACCAUCUUUCUCUCCUGCCUUCGUCUCUGAUGGAGGAGGACCCUUCUUCGUAUCACUCUGGCCAUGAAGAUCUGGAUAAUAUACCCUUUCCCCGCCCUUCCAUGGGGCAGAAUGAAGCCUGUCCUUCUUCCAUGCCCUGCCCUAGGGGUGUAGAAAUUGUCUUGGUAGGGGGUGGCAAACCUGCCAUCGGGGUUUAUCCUGAGGAGAGCAAUGUUAUAACAUCCUUCUUGGAACUUGGAAAGGAACACCGAGAAGGAAUGCGCCUGACUCACCCCAUGGAGCCUGAUGGAAUGGCCCGUGGCCUUAUGGGAUGCCCUGAACAAGACCAUCAAACUCCCACUUUAGCCUCUCCAAAAUUCUCUUUAACCCCUGAUGAUUCUCGCUCUCUGUAUCAGAUGAAUACCCAUCCAGCUUCUAAUCUUGCUUCUCCAUGGGGCUUUCCAGCUGGAGAUCCACAGGAUGAAGGGGACAGUGGAGAAUUGGAUGUAUCUUCAGAUGGACAGUAUGUGCAAGAUAGGGGGUAUGAAUGGGCCUCAGGGUUAGAAGAUGAGGCUGAAGAUCAGUCUGAUCAUAUGAUGGUUAGAUCAGAGCUAACACCCAUUACCAUGCCAGUAUUCAGAAGAGCCCUACAGUUGGGUGGCAUGCCAGGAUCCUGGCAGGUAGACAGCUAUUCAGAAGAGGAAGCACAGGUUGAAGUGGAAGAGGAAGAAGAGGAAGAAGAAGGCUCAGUUUACACUUGCAUAGAAUGUAGUAUCUACUUCAAGAAAAAAGCUCAUUUGCUGGAACAUAUGUUUCAGCAUUCACAAGAAGGGGACAGUGAAGGGUUUCAGGUGGGGGAAGGUUCCCAAGCCUGUAGCGAAUGUGGUAAGGGUUUUGUGGAUGAGGGAAGCCUUGCAGUACAUCGACGUCUUCAUCAGGAAUCCAGGCAGAAAAUUAUAGAAGAGAUAAGCAAGUUGGAGAAUUUGGCAGAUGAGGGUAGAGGUGCCCGUUUACAAUGCCCAAAAUGUCUUUUUGGCACAAACUCUUCCAAGGUUUUUGUCCAGCAUGCCAAAAGCCAUGUGAAAAAGGGCACUAACGAUGGUCGGGGUGGUCCAACCCCCUUAAAAACUCAAGGAGAGACUGUAGAAGGAGGUGAAAGUUCUGAGCUGAUGAAUGAUGACACAUGGAGAAAUUCAGAGGCUGGGUCUGACACUGGCCCAGUAUGGAAUGAGGAUGUGCACCAGGAAAGCAUGGGUUUUUUGGGACAAAGGUUGGGUAAGGCAAAAAAGAAAACUCUACCCAGAGAAAGUUGGAGUCUUAAAAGUGGGCUAUGGCGAGAGGGCGAAGGUCAUAAACCCACAAAAAGCCCCAGAUUGCCUGAGGAAGCAGUAGCACUUAAGAGGCAGUAUCGCAAUGCUUUAAAGGCUGGUGGGGGUAGAGGGGAAGGGGAAAAGCGGCAACUAAGAGAAGAAGUUGCCAUUGUAGUACUGGAAAAUAUAGGUCCCUUCAGAAGAAAAGAGAAAGGAUAUAGGGCUUGGGGUUAUGGGAAAAAACUCUCUGGGAGUAGCGAGAGGACACGACUGCACAGCAAUGAACAUCGGUUGCCUAAAGAUACAUGGGCAGAAGAUGGAGAAGGAAGUAUUCCAUUGGAUGUUUUGUUGAUGGACCCUAAUUAUGAGGGCCAACUUGAGGCACUUGGGCUUAGGAGUGAGGAACGGGAGUGCCCAUAUUGCCCUGACCGCUUUCACAAUGGGAUAGGUCUUGCCAACCAUGUUAGAGGCCAUCUAAACCGAGUUGGAGUCAGUUACAAUGUACGUCACUUUAUAUCAGCAGAGGAAGUCAAGGCUAUAGAGCAAAACUAUUCCUUUCAGAAGAAGCGCAAGAAAGUGGCGAACUUUGAUCCCAGUACAUUCAGCCUGAUGCGGUGUGAAUUCUGUGGUGCUGGCUUCGACACCCGCGCUGGCCUUUCCAGUCACGCCCGUGCCCACCUGCGAGACUUUGGUAUCACCAACUGGGAACUCACAGUUUCUCCCAUCCAUGUCCUUGCACGACUUCUUGCCCGCUCGCCCGGCCGUCCUCUUCCCCAGUUUUCAUCCUGGCACCAGGACAAUGAUACAGACGCACUGGGCUCAGAAGAGGAAGAUGGUGAUUCACUGGAUCUAAUCAGAUCCCAAACCUUGAGACCGGAUUCUGGGCACACUGCAGAGAAAAUGCCUUCUGAACAGAGCGCAGACGCAAAAGGCCCAAGUCAGACCACGUGUGAGGUGUGUGGCGCUUGCUUCGAGACCCGGAAGGGCCUGUCCAGCCAUGCACGCUCCCACCUGAGGCACCUGGGGGUGGCAGAGUCGGAAAGCAGUGGGGCCCCCAUUGACCUGCUGUAUGAGCUGGCUAAGCAGGGCAAGUUGCCACAGGAUGAAUCCAUAUUGGGGGCCAAGAAGUCAGGAAGCCCCCGGACAGGAUCCCCAAGGGGCCAAUGGGGGGACGAGGAAGGGCCCCUGAAUCUGACCUUGGAUGGAGAAUCUGGCAAAGAAACCGACUGCCAGUUUUGCGGUGCCUGGUUUGAGACUCGCAAAGGACUUUCAAGCCACGCCCGAGCGCACUUGCGCCACCUCGGAGUAAACGAUCCUGAUGCCAAAGGUUCCCCUAUUGCCGCGCUUAACUCCCUCAUCAAAAGUGGAGAGUUCAAAAAGCGUCUGUCUAGUCAGGGAACCAAUGAAACAGACUCUCUCACCGAGGCUGCUGAGGAGCGCACCUCUACUGAAGCUGCUAUGAGCACAAGUCAGGCCAGCAGUGGGGCAGCUCGUGCCAAGUUGAUAGACGACGGUGCUUUUACCAAGAUAGCAGACGCUAUGGUUAAAGGUGCCAAUGGCCCUCCUAAAACUCCUGAAAGUAGCUCCCACUCCUUGAAUGCAGAAGGUGCUAGUAGAAUUGCUGCAAGUAGUGGCUCUUCAGAGACAUCUCCACAUUUUAAGAGCCCCGGUGGAUCGUCCGCUGGCCCUCGUACCACAAUUAGUAAUGCCACUUCCCCACAUUCCAUGGCACCCGAUGCUGGAGUUCACCAAAAGUUAGCGGAGCCCCUACAUGCUCGGGUUAAGACAGAAGUUGGACGUUCCCAUGGUAAGGUGGCAGAUGCUGGACCUCGGUCCAGAUCAUCCCUAACAGGCCUUACUCACUCCAGACCAGCGGGCAACAGUACCCCACCAGCUAAGAAACUGAAAAUGACUCCAGCCUGCAAGGCAAGCUCAGAAGCUUUUUGGUCACCCAACAGUUCGCCCUCACCUUUAAAUUUGUCCCCAGGUUCAGAGGAAGUCCGCUGCGAGUUCUGCGGCGAGUUCUUUGAGAACCGAAAGGGCCUGUCGAGCCAUGCACGAUCCCACCUGCGCCAGAUGGGGGUCACGGAGUGGCAUGUCAACGGCUCACCCAUCGACACCUUGCGGGAAAUCUUGGCCAGAGGGACCUAUCCCAGGGCUGCCAACAGAGUUGGAGGUUCUGGCUCAGAGAAGCUUCUUGCCCUUCCUUCUCCAUCAUCCCCCUCAAGGCCUCUCGCUUACAGUGGGUUGUCUCCAGCCAUGCAUCGCAAGCCACACAGGCUUCCCUCCUAUCCACACGGCGACUGGUCCUCUGAUCUCUCACCUCUCAAUCUGUCCUCUCGAGCAGAUCCAUCACGUGAUAUCCGCUGUGAGUUCUGCAACGAGUUCUUCGAAAAUCGAAAAGGCCUGUCGAGCCACGCGCGGUCUCACCUGCGCCAGAUGGGCGUUACUGAGUGGCAUGUCAACGGCUCUCCGAUUGAUACACUACGGGAAAUAAUCCGAAAGAGGCGUCCACAUGUCUCGAACAUUAAAAAAGAGCCACGGGCAAAUGAUGAGCCUACUAGUCCUUCACGCACUCUAUCAUCCCUUGGUCUCGGGCCAUCAGGUAUGGAGCAGGACCACCCUGUCUCACCUCUUAUAGGAAGACCCCACAGCACAUUCUUAUCACCAAUGUCUCCUAAGCGGCCAGCAUCUCAUGAGCCUCGGCUAAGCCACUCUGAUCCAAAAAGCUAUGUCCAUUUAGAACCAAAGCCCAGCAACCAAGGAAAGGUUUACCUGCAAGGGGAGGGACGGCCCAAACUCUACAUUCAGGAGGACAACCGACCUAAGUCGUAUUUGCAAACCGAAGGGAGGCCCAAAGCAUAUAUACAAAGCCAAGGAAGGCCUAAAGUGUUCCUCCAAGGUGAAGGAAGGGCCAAGACUUAUGUGCAAGGAGAAGGAAGGCCUAAGCAGUUUUUGCCAGGGGAAGCCAAGGCCAGAGCCUACAACAAACCAUAUCUACAUGGAGAAGGGAAACCUAAAACAUUCAUGCAUGGAGAAGGCAAGCUUAAAUCAUACCUGCACAAUGAGAGCAAAGCAAAGCCUUUCAUGCACGGAGAGGGCAAACUCAAGACAUUUGUUCACACUGAAGGCAAGCCCAAGCCAUACUUGCAAGGAGAUGGAAAGCCUAAGGCCUACAUUCAAACUGAGCUGCCAUUCAAAGGCAAAGUAAAAGCAUCUCCAGACAAAACCCCCGCAACGUUAGAGGCAUGCUGUGAACUGUGCGGCCUGUACUUUGAGAACAGGAAGGCCCUUGCGAGCCAUGCUCGAGCACACUUGCGGCAGUUUGGGGUCACUGAAUGGUGUGUCAAUGGCUCUCCUAUUGAGACGCUGAGAGAAUGGAUGAAGCAAAGACCUCAGAAAGCUGGAGCCUAUCUCAGUUAUAUACAGGGAGGGCGCCCUUUCUCCAAGAAAUUUAAGCGCUCCAAUCAAACACCCAAAGCGGGGGCAGCUGAGAGCCCAGUGUCACCAUCUGCAAAGAUGUCUGAGGCAGAGAGGAGCCAUGUCACCCCAUCAUCAGCAGCAACAGAAAAGCAAGCAGAUGGACCAGUACAGAAGACGGAGCGGCGCCAGCCUAAGCCACCUGAGAUUCCUCCAUCAGGGGAAGAUGGAGUCGGUGAGCACAGCCCCAAAACAGAAGAAACAAGACCACCUCCAAGGCCACGCCCUGUCCCAUCCCUGGUUCCCAGGCCGCCCCAGACCUCCUUAGUGAAAUUUGUGGGGAACAUAUACACACUGAAGUGCAGAAUCGCAACAUGGAAGCAGACAUGGGUCUAUAGGAUCUUAGGAAAGACAUGACCAGUAACAUCUCUACACCUAAGACAAAAAUGUGACUGCUAAAAGAUCACACAACCAAUUUAAAAAAUGUAAAAUCUUUAAACAUACUUUACGCAAAGGAGAACAGGUCUGUCUAGACUGCGCAGAAACACCAGACUCUGCACCAACUUUAUUACCACAUCCAAUCCCAUUACAGCAGACAGAGGGUAGCCCUCAACACCAUGAUACACAGGGUCCUUCUACCUCAGUAAAACCUCCCCAAUUGGAGGAAUUAUUUGACUGGAUUAAAGCUACCAUUCAAACAUCCAUCAGGCAACCCCCUACUCAUACUAAGAAGCAAAAGGCAAAGCUGCUUUUAGAUACGUAGUCAUAGCCUAUGCCUAAGUAUCUUUGAUACGAAACGCGUCAGGACUGAAAUGUUUUUAAUCUGCUGAAAUAUACUUGAAUAAUUUUACCCUAAGAGUGGACUGCGGAGUGCUUGCCACUAAUUUUGGUUUGGAGUGCACAUUACCUACAGCUACGGGCCACUCGUCUACCUUCGUGAGUGCAGCCUUUUCCCAAAACCUCUACGUAUUUAGAAAAAGUGUUGUUAGCCCAGAAGCGUGGGCCCUGGGGUAUGUACACCCAGGUCAUCGGGUUUAAAGGGUGAGCAUGUUUAUGGCUUUGAGGAGGCUAUUGAUUGUUUAUAUAAAUACACGGGCUUUAAUAGUGGGAUCGAGAUAUUCCCCAAAAAGAAUAUUUCUUUUUGUAUACCUGUGCCUCAAAAAAUUAGAGGUUGGGAUUGAGCUUAAUUUUUGUUUAAUGCAGAAUGAAAAUCAUACAAUAGACCAUGGAACUCUCAAGGGCGACCCUUUCGAAACCCUUCAUUUCACAACUCUCAGGCAACACGGGUGGAUCGUAAACCACAAGAAGAGCCAACUCACAACAACACAGCGCAUACAAUUCUUAGUAAUGUUGUUGGACUCUUCUCUGCAAAAGAUAUUCCUCACAACCGACAAAAUUCAGACAAUCGGGCACACAGCACAACAGGUCUGCAGCCAGACUACAAUAUCAGCAGAGCUGUGCCUCAGACUACUAGGCUACAUGGUGGCAGCAUUAGAGGCUCUGCCAUUCGGCAGGUUCCACAUGAGAGACCUACAGAAUCAUUUCCUCAGCCACUGGAACAAGAACCACUCCAACCUAACACAACCUAUCACGAUCACUAUACAGUCAACAGAUCACUGGGAUGGUGGACUAUACUACACAACUUGGCCCAUGGAAAGGCUUGGACCUUAUCCCAGUGGACAGUAGUGACCAUGGAUGCCAGCCUCAGAGGGUGGGGGGCGACAUGGCCACCCUGCACCUGCCAGGGGACUUGGUCACAACAGGAGUCAAGCAUUCCCAUAAAUGUACUAGAGAUCAGAGCAGUUCGGCAUGCCAAUAAUGCAUUGGGCACAGAAGUUGAUAAAUCAACCUCUCAAAUUCAAUCCGACAAUGCUACAACGGUGGCCUAUGUAAACAAGCAGGGCGCACACGCAGCAACCAGGCAAUGCAAGAGGUUGCUCAGAUACUCAGCUGGGCGGAGUCGCAUGUUCUGGCCAUAUCUGCAGUUUUCAUACCAGUUGUAGACACAUUAGUAAUACCGUGGCAUUUCAGCAAGGAGGCCUUUCCCCCUCUUGCUCUAUUACCAAGGAUAAUACGAAAGAUUCAGCAGGAAGGAACUGUAACCAUCCUAAUCACUCCGGAUUGGCCGAGAAGGCCAUGGUACUCAGAUCUCAUCAAUUUGUCCGUAGCUCCGCCAUGGCGACUCCCUCUACGUCCAGACUUACUAAUGCAAGGACGAAUAAAACACGACAAUUUGCCACGUCUACAUUUGACGGCAUGGCUGUUGAAACAGAUAUGUGGCGUGCCAAGGGUUUCUCUUAAAGUGCAACAACUAUUCUCAUGAUGGCAAGAAAGCCAUCCACAAAGAAGGUUUACCAUAGUACAUGGAGAGCAAAUAUAAAAUGGUGUAAUUCCAUGUGCGUACCCUGGAGACAGGCACAAAUUCAAACAAUCAUUGAGUUUCUCACACAGGGUUUCGAUUUAGGUUUAUCCUUAGCCACCAUGAAAGGAAAAAUUUCAGCGAUUUCUUUACUACUCCAGCAUCAGUGGGCGGUAGAACCAGAAUAGGUACAAUUUUUGCAAGGAGUAGGAAGGGUCAGACCACCAUAUAGGGAUCCAACACCUCCCUGGGACCUUACUACAAUAUUAACGGCUCUACAAGGACCUCCCUUGAAACCGUUAGCUUGCUGUGCACUUAAAUUCCUUGCCUGGAAAUUGACUUUCCUGUUAGCAAUUACAUCUGCAAUAUGUGUAUCUGACAUUGCAGCUUUAUCAUGCAAGGAGCCCUGGCUGAUAAUACAAGAUAGAGCAGUUUUCAGAACAAUACCUUCAUUUACACCCAAAGUGGUUUCUGCUUUCCACAUAUGAGAUUAAUGCUUUCCACAUAUGAGAUUAAUACCUUCACUGUGUCCAAACCCACUGAAUGACAAGGGGAAAGCCCAUAGCCAGAUGGCUUGUAGAAACAAUAAAUUGUGCAUAUGAUCUCUGUAAAAAACACAGACCAUUCAAGGUCAAAGAACAUUCCACCAGAGCUUUAAGUACAUCUUGGGCCUCAUUAUGUACUUUUGCAAAGUUUUACAGACUACAUGUCUUCCAUUCAACCCCUGCAGCAUUUGGUAGAAAAGUUUUACAGGCUGCAGUGAGGCAUUAAUUCAUAGAUAUUCAAGUACCCAGCCCUAGAAGGGGGGACAGCUUUGGGACGUCCCCAUAGUGGUCUGCACUUACAGGAAGGGCCAGUCUAGAGAAAUGAGGAUUUUUUGCUUGCCGGAAAAUCCUUUUCUAGAUGGGCCGGACUGUCCGUGCACCUAGCACUUCCUCUUUUACCUCAGGUUUUCAAGUGUACUGUCCACAGGAGGAAGGACCUGCUGGUCAUUAGGAGACCCAACUAAAAGACUUCUUCGGUCAGCAGUUAGCGCUGACACUUGGGGCAGACUUCUUGUUCCCCCCCCCCAACGCGGGAAUUUAGACUGCUAAGGCCAGAUUCUCUUAUCAUACAAAGAGGCCUCCCAGACCAAAACCUGUUUCCUGAGGGGGACUAGGGACUCUGGCUGGGAACCGCAAAGAAAUGGCAGUAAGAGGAACACCUUACCCCUGACUGGACGCAUGGCAGAAGGUAGGACAGGGGGGCCAUUUACAAGGGGUGGAGGAUAAGCUGCAUCAGCAGCAGGGGUGACUCAAGUUACCUAUUUUGCCUGUCAUUCUAAAUUAUCGAAUGGGCAAGUACCUAUAGACCCACCCCUACAGGUACAAGGAGCUCAAUCAAUAGUCUCUUUCCCAAGAGGGGAAUUCCAGAAUUCAGCCCCCAGAAUGCAAACAGACAUGUCGGCACUAUCGUGGGCUAUUCAGCUGUAUUUGUCGCUGGCAUCGCUCCAGAAUAUAGCUGAUUCCAUUGCAGGCACGAUUGCUAACUCCAUUGGAAAAGCUGUGUCGAAGAUACAAGAAGGGUCUGGGAGAAAACGUAAGCGUCAAAUCCCUAGCCACAAAUCACCUUUUCCCUCCAACUAGGACCCUUGAAGCCUCAGACUCCUCAGAGCAGGAGGGCGGAAUCUCUUCUAGCUCCCCCUCUGGGGACGGGGAAAAAGGGUGGCGCAGACAAAGAAAUGUUGCAUGAUGCAGAGCGUAUCAUAAGGGCAGUUCUAGAAACACUGAAACUUGAUCCACCUAAAGAUCAACAAUCACAGUCUAAGGGUCUUUUUAAGAGACAACACGAAACUGUAACCGACUUCCCUUCUCAACUACAAGCAGUCAUCCAGGAUGAAUGGCAUACACUGAAUAGAAAGUUUCAACCUAACCACAAAUUUUCUAAAAUGUACCCAUUUCCAAAAGAACUUAUUGAUCAAUGGACGGUACCUCCAGAUGUGGACGCACCGGUUUCAAGGUUAUCUAGGAAUGCCACAUUGCCGGUUACGGAUGCGGCAGCAUUCAAGGAUCCAACUGAUAAGUGAAUGGAAGGAUUCUUGAUCCUCAAGAUCAGCACUUUGUCCAGCACUAGCCGCAGCAUUGGUCUGUAGACCCAUGGAGACUUUGUCUAUUUCUCUAUCAGGAUUUCAAGAUGGUUCUUCCAGAGCAAGCCGUCUCGAAGUGGCUCAAGAAAUGGCAGAUGCAAGCGCUUAUCUUAGUAAAGCAGCACUACACACAGCCCAGCUGGCAGCACGUACCUUAGCCUUGGCAGUAUCCGUGCGUCGCACUCUAUGGCUUAAGAACUGUUCGGAUGACCUUAGUUAUAAGAAGUCGCUGAUUGCGCUGCCAUUCAAGGGAUCGUGCCUUUUCGAGGGGGAACUGGAAAAGAUCAUUUCUCAAGCCACAGAUGGCAAGAGUAUAUUCCUUCAUCAGUCCAAAUCUAGAUCAACACAUUUCGCAGAGGGAAAUUUUUUCAAGGCCAAAGUAACAGAAUAACUAAGCGUUCUACUUCCCCGCACAGAACUACCUUUUGCAACAGAUUCUCUGACAAGUCUCAAGUUGGAAGCCAAAUAAAACCCAGGGUAAGUCCGCCCAGGACAAGCCCAAUUCCGCAUUGGGCUUGAGCCGCAGUUAACAAUAGGGAUCAGACUACUGCGGUUUCAGGACCAUUCCACCGACGCCUGGGUGCGAGAAAUAAUUUCAGAAAGAUUUCACAUAGACUUCUGGAUAACCUCUCCUCGGAAAUUCUUCGUCAAUAGUGCCCACUGAUCCGAUAAAAGCGCAAGCAUUCCACAACUGUGUAACAACAUUACUGAAAACAGGAGGGAUCGUCCCAGUACCACACCAGCAGAGAUUUUAGUUUUGACUCCAAAUUUAUUCAUAGUAACGAGUAAGGAGGGAACGUUUCAACCAUCUCUGAACCUCAAGGACCAGAACCUAUAUAUCAGGGCUGUAAAAUUCAAAAUGGAAACAUUACGGUCAGUUAUAAAAGGGAUGGAGCCAAGUCAACUACCUAUGUUUAUUAGGGAUCAAAGAUCUACACGUCCCAAUCUGGACAGCUCACCAAUGUUAUCUGAGGUUUGCAUUCCACAAUGUAACGAUCGCCGCCCGGAGCAGGCCCAGGAGCUCCGGGCGGCGCGUCCUCUCCUGCCGGCGUCGCUCCCAAGAUGGCGGCGCCCAU